UUAUUUCGAGGGUGUAAAACAAAAGUGGAAAAAAUUAGGCUUAACGGUAGAAUUCUUUCAUGUAUAUGUUAUAAGUUAUAUUUAAAACUAGGUCCUAUACUAUUACUAAUACAAAAGUAAAAUAGUCUCCAAUGGCAGGUCGAGGUGGAACACAACGACCAAAUGGAGCUGCACAGGGAAAGAUAUGUCAGUUCAAGCUAGUUCUUUUAGGAGAGUCAGCUGUAGGGAAAUCCAGCUUAGUUUUGAGAUUUGUCAAGGGACAGUUUCAUGAAUAUCAAGAAAGUACAAUUGGAGCUGCUUUCCUUACACAAACAGUAUGCUUAGAUGACACAACAGUAAAGUUUGAAAUUUGGGAUACAGCGGGACAGGAACGUUAUCAUAGUCUGGCUCCCAUGUACUACAGAGGAGCUCAAACAGCUAUUGUGGUCUAUGACAUUACAAAUCAGGAUACUUUUAGCAGAGCAAAGUCAUGGGUGAAAGAACUCCAAAGACAAGCAAGUCCAAACAUUGUGAUUGCUUUAGCUGGAAACAAAGCAGACUUGGCAAACAAAAGAGCCGUCGAAUGCGAGGAUGCUCAAGGCUACUCGGAAGAAAAUGGUCUGCUUUUCAUGGAAACAUCAGCUAAAACAGCCAUGAAUGUUAAUGAUAUUUUCUUGGCAAUAGCAAAAAAACUUCCUAAGAAUGACCAGUCAACUGGGGGUGGAGCCAGUGGUCAAGGACGACGCGGUGUGGACUUAAGUGAAAAUCAGAAGCCCGUUUCUACUUGUUGCAAAUGAGUAUUCAGUGUAAUUUUGUCGAUUUGGGAAUUGUCUGGACAUUUUUUUUUCUUCACAGCACUUAGUGCUAAUGUACAACAGCUGCAUGUGUACCAUGUAAUGUAUAUAUAUAUAUAAAGAAAUAUCCAUUCUUUUCACUUGAUGAUGUAUAGUUCUUAUAUAGAACAAUUGAAUAAGACCAUUUGAAUGUAUUUUAGAUGGGUAAAAACCACAUGAAUUAUGUAUGCUGUAAAACUACUUAGCAAAUCUUUAUGAAGUACUUGUUUCAUUAACUUUUUUUUUAUAAUAGGUCAUUUAUCAAUGUUUUGAAGUAAGAGAAUAUGGAGUAAUUAAAUUCAUUGUUCAAUUUAGUGCGAGUUUCACAUCUUUCACUACGAAUAUUUGUUAGAUUAAGUUUUCCAACUCGUUUAUAAACUAAGGACAUUUCCAAUUAAAGGUUUUCAUUACUUAAGGAAAAUUUUUUUAAUGAUAUUGAACAUAAAAUUUAAAAAUAUUUUAAGAUAACCAUUUCCAUAGUUUCUUUUGGUUAGUGUCAGCUUUUUUUUUUUUUUUUGUAAUUCUGGAGUAACUUUCAAUCUAAAAUUCUUUGAUGGCUGUCUUAUAGAGACAUCUAAGAAUAAAGUAUAAGGCUUUUGGAUGAAUCACUCAUCAAUGACGUUUUAACCAUUUCAAAGCUCACUGUAGUUGCCAUUCAAAGUUAAAUAUCGUGUGGCAAAAGCUUUUGUCUGUAUUAUGUUAAUGUAAGAUGUUUCAAGCUGUACAUAAAAGUUUCAUAUAUUGAAUCAGUGAAUAAAGAAAUCCAUUGUAUUUGUUUGUAUGAAUAUA